ACUCGUCAAAUCAUCAUUCAAAAUGGCGGAGGAAGGAAGCUCAUCCGCCGCCGCUGCCGAAAGGAAGAAACGCUUGCUAUGGCCCAAGGUGUUGCGGUGGAAACCGACCUCUACCGACCACAUCAUCGCCUCCGAGAAGCGCCUGCUGUCUCUCCUCAAGACUCCCUACCAGCAGGAGCGAGUUGAUAUCGGGUCGUGUCCGCCGGGAUCGAAUAUCCGGUGGUUCCGGUCGUCUAGCAAUGCUCCGAGAUUCAUAAAUACUGUGACGUUUGAUAGCAGAGAGGGGUCUCCGACUCUGGUUUUGGUGCAUGGAUAUGGCGCUUCUCAAGGCUUCUUCUUCCGCAACUUUGACGCGCUUGCAAAACAUUUCAAAGUGAUAGCGAUCGAUCAGCUUGGUUGGGGUGGAUCCAGUAGGCCUGAUUUCAAAUGUAAAAGCACUGAAGAAACUGAGGCAUGGUUUAUUGACUCCUUUGAGGAAUGGCGCAAGGCGAAAGGCCUUACGAACUUCAUUUUACUCGGGCAUUCUUUUGGAGGAUAUGUUGCUUCUAAAUACGCACACAAGCAUCCCGAGCACAUUCAGCACUUGAUUUUAGUGGGACCUGCUGGAUUUGCUUCAGAAACGGAACAUCAGACUGAAGCUCUCACUCGAUUUAGAUCAACCUGGAAAGGUGUGAUUAUAAAUCAUCUAUGGGAGUCGAAUUUUACUCCGCAAAAGCUUAUAAGGGGUUUAGGUCCUUGGGGUAAAGGCCUCGUUCGCAGAUACACAAGUUCUAGGUUCGGCUCGUAUUCAGAAGCAAGUUUGUUGAGCGAGGAAGAAUCAAGAUUACUUACAGAUUACAUGUACCAUACCCUGGCAGCUAAAGCCAGCGGCGAACUGUGCUUAAAGUAUAUAUUCUCCUUCGGAGCCUUUCCUCGGGUGUCUCUGUUGCAAUGUGCAUCCAAAUGGAAAGUGCCGACUACGUUCGUAUACGGCGUCGGGGAUUGGAUGAACUACCAAGGAGCAGUGGCAGCUCGCAAGAAAAUGAAGGUUCCUUGCGAGAUCAUCAGGGUUCCCCAGGUUGUAAUUUUAAUGUCCAGAGAUUCAAUGGUGCCUUCUUUUUCAUGCUAUAUCGAUUGUUUUUAUAUGCAGGCCGGUCAUUUCGUGUUUAUAGAUUAUCCCCUGGCUUUCCAUUCAGCUGUGGUGUAUGCUUGCCGGAAAAUUUUGUUGCCCGAGUCCGGCCAAGACUCCGCCGGCAGCCUCCCGGAGGGCCUUAUAUCUGUAUAACAAUUAACUCAGGUUUUUUAU